AUGUCCAAUGGCGCCGCCAACAAUGCCACCGUUGUCCAGCCGCCCAAGUCCCGAAAAGCCCAUCCGACAUUCCACUUUCUGGCCGGGCUGACCUCCGGCGUUGGGAGCGCCGUGCUUCUUCAACCUGCCGACCUUCUCAAAACACGGGUCCAACAAUCCCGCACGUCCUCCCUCCUUCCCGUCCUCCGGUCGAUCCUCUCGAGUCCGCAUCCCAUCGCGGGCCUGUGGCGCGGAACAAUUCCCUCGGCGCUGCGAACGGGAUUCGGAUCCGCUCUGUAUUUCACGUCGUUGAGUUCUCUGCGGCAGGUGCUUGCCAAUAACAGCAGCGACAACAACAACAAUGCCGGAUCUUCUUCUUUUCCUGCCGGGGACGAUGGAAGAUCGGGAUCAGGAUCAGACUCACGGGAAGGCUCCCCGCCAAAGAGAACCAGAGACAGAAACAGACACACACACACCAGCAGCUCAGUCCUGCCGACGUUGUCCAACACGCAAAACCUACUGACGGGAGCCACGGCGCGCGUUUUCGCCGGCUUCGUUCUCAUGCCGGUCACGGUGAUCAAAGUACGCUACGAAUCCGAUCUGUACGCAUACAAAUCUAUCGCCUCGGCCGCGCGGUCGAUCUACGCUUCAGAGGGCCUGAAGGGCUUCUUUUCGGGGUUUGGCGCCACCGCGGUCCGCGACGCUCCUUAUGCCGGUCUGUACGUUCUAUUCUACGAGGCUUGCAAGAAGGAUCUGAAUAAACUACUGUCUGCCAGGGCGAGGUUAAAAUCAGGAGCAGACGAUGAUGCUGGUCAACCCCGUCCGUCGUGGGCUACCUCCGCCACGAUCAAUGCUUCCAGCGGCGUGCUCGCGGCUGGGCUGGCCACUGCGCUGACGAACCCUUUCGACGCGGUCAAGACCAGGUUGCAGCUCAUGCCGCAGAAAUAUGGGAAUAUGGUGAAAGCGACCCGGCUGAUGCUCAAGGAGGAUGGCAUCAAGAGUUUCUUUGACGGGUUGGCACUCAGGAUGGGGAGGAAGGCUUUGAGUUCCGCCCUCGCUUGGACCGUGUAUGAAGACUUGAUUAGCCGUGCGGAACGGUUUGUGGCCCACAAUGAGGAUGGAAAGGCUGUGGUUUGA